AUGUGGAUUGAGUGCUGUAUACUUUUGCCACCAAUUCCUGGAGGAGCAUACAGAAGUGGUCAAAUAGUUACUGGAAUGCUAAAAUAUAGUUUAAAACACCCGACGGAGUUUACCUCUGCUACUAUUGAGCUAAAAGGAAAAGGCAAGUGCUCAUGGGCGGAGUCAGACUCAGAUUCAGCCUCAUGUUAUGGUAAAGAAGAAUAUGUGUUUUUGGUGAGAAAUAUUUUGAAAAGGAAUAAAAACAAAUUACCUGCAGGACUUCAUAACUAUCCCUUUAAAUUUGUACUACCUACUGGCUUGCCAUCUUGGUUCAAGGAACACACUGGAAAAAUAUCGUACAAGAUAAUUGUGAGAUUUUCGAAGCCUGGAUUCCUAGAUAACCAGAAAGAGUUUGAAACAGAAAUACGUGUCUAUGGUGAUUUGGAACCAUGUUUGCCGGAGCCUGUAAUUUUCGGUCUAACGAAAACAUCAUUGACGUCAUCAGGUGCAAUUGAUUUGAAAGCUGAAAUAAUGAAAACAUUAUUGGUAGCAGGAGAACAUAUAAACGUAGAAUGUUCAAUAGUAAAUAAUACUUCUAUACCAGUCACAUUUAUAAGAUUGAAGUUAUUCUCAGAAACUACGUAUACUUCUAACAGUAAACGUAAACACCAGCGGCGGAACAGCAUAAAAGGAAGUGCCACUGAUCGUGUAGGACCAAAAACUAACAGUGUUAAGAAAUUACUGUGUAUAGUGCCAACUUCACCUGAUUUAUAUAGUAUACAGCGUUCAGAAAUUAUAAAAAGAGAAUACAAAUUGCAAGUGACGGCAGUGGUUCCGUUUCCACAUAGAAACGCUUCUGUAGAAAUUGCAGUGGUUAUUUCUAAAUAA